AUGAAAAGAAUGUUGAAAAUAACAGAUGUUCCACUGAAAAUCCUAGGAAUCCAGGUGUGAAAAAUCGAUAUAUGGAAAGCCAUCAAAAUUCAGCAAUUUUUGUUUUUUGACAAAAGUGGACGAGGAGGUAAAGGGGGCAGAUUAUAUAUCCUAGAUCACACAAUUAUAAAACUUCUCUUGAGAAUAGCUAGAAAAUCGCGUGCGUGGAUAGCGAUAUUUAUGUACCUCAAAAAAUUGUACUAAUAACAUGAAUCCUCUAGGGUUUUUACAAUUAGAAAUGAAAUCAUGUAAAAUAACAAAGAACAGUAUAUUUUGAAGAAGUUUCAAUUCGAAAUUCAUUUUUUUGCAGGUUGGUUCUGGUGUCCGAUACAUUCUUUUAUUCUGGAUCGAAGUUACAAAUACUUCAAUCAAAUUAGCUGAUGAAGUUCUGUUGAAUCUUUUCACAUUCACAAUUUUCUUGCUUUCUCGCGGUGAACUCGAAAUUGCUGACGAAAAACAGCGAGAACAAAUCGAUAAAUUGAUUUUGACCGAAGCUUUGAGAAUUGUCGAUGAUUAUGAAAAUAUUCAAGAUGUUUCGAGAUUAUACGAGGAAUUGUUCGAGAAAAUGGAUGAUUUGAAGGUUUUGGAUGAAAGAGUUCCAUUGAUUGCUGUCAAAUUUUUGGCAAGAAUGAGAGAAGUUCAGAGAAGAGAUGCUUGGAAAAUUGUUUGUAUUGAGGUGAGCAAUGAUUUUCAGAAAAACAUGUACAAAAAUUAAAAGAGCAAGAUUGCAUUUUCAAUCAAUUUUAACUCAAAAAUUCAGGAAUUUUUUAGAAGAAAAAAACUUAUAAACAUCAGGAGAAAUUACAUUUUUUGUCAAAUGAUUUUCACAUUUUCAAAAUUUCAUUCUCCGAGAUUUUCGUUAGAAAAAAUGUUUCUCAUUGUCAGAUAGUUCCAAUAAUUUUAUUCCCAAUUUUUUUCAGACAACUGUAGCUCUUAUGGAAUUACGUGGACGAAAAGAUUGGUACAACAAAACAAGCAUCAAAGAAUCUCUAAAACUUCUUGAAAAUUUCAACGAAGACGAUCAACACGACAUUUCGAGCUUGCGCAAACUUUUUGAAAAAUUGUCAUAA